GCAAGUCGUAAAAUGGCGGAGCUAAAGCUUAUGCGCUAUCUUCAAGAAGAGGAAAGGUUGAUUCUGUCAAUGUUGAGCAAGUUUAAUGACCAGUUAAGUAAGCUGAAGGUUGAAGAGCUCAACAUAAAAAGCGCGAUCAGGGAAAAGCAAUUUCAGGAAACCACAGGAGCGACAAGUCAGGAGGCAGCAUCAAGCUCCACAGCACCAGCACUUGACCCGUCGUCAGUUAACAUGGAAAACAUCGACCUUAGCGUUCGUGAGGAGCUUAAUCUUCUUGCAAGGGCAUCGUUUCUUGACUUCGAAGAGGAGGAGGAAGAUGAUGAUGGCGAAGGCGACAUGUAGCGGUAAUUGUGUUGCGAAUAUUGUAAAUAAAUGUCCAUGUACAGCGUUCCA